AUGUCAACUACAACGGCAGUAGCAGCAAAACCAACCACAGCAAAGAAGUCUUAUCCAUUUUACUUUGGUGGAGCAGCAUCCUGUGUUGCAGCUAUCGUCGUACAUCCCUUCGACUUGACCAAAGUUCGACUUCAGAACACCAAAGGUAGUAUGAAUCAUGGUAUGUUCUCCACCAUGGUCAAGAUUGCACAAAACGAAGGCUUCUUCAAGCUAUAUGCCGGUCUAUCAGCCUCUAUAUUAAGACAAGCUACUUACUCCACUGUGCGAUUUGGUGUCUAUGAAAAGUUAAAGGACUACAUUCAAUCCACUACACAACAAAAGGCAAAUGUUGGUCAGUUAUUAAUAUGUUCCAGUGUUGCUGGUGCUUUGGGUGGAGCAUGUGGUAAUCCCGGUGAUGUGAUCAAUGUGCGCAUGCAAAAUGAUGGUCAAUUGCCUCCUCAGCAGCGUCGUAAUUACAAACAUGCCAUCGAUGGUAUCGUUCGUAUCAGCAAAGAAGAGGGCACAACUGCAUUAUUCCGUGGUCUUGGACCCAACAUCAACAGAGCCAUCUUGAUGACUUCAUCGCAGUGUGUUUCUUAUGAUAUGUUCAAGGCCAUCCUCUUGAACCAUACCCCUAUGCAAGAUGGCAUUGCUCUUCAUUUAACAUCCAGUGUUUUGGCUGGUUUGGUGGCUACAACUGUCUGUUCUCCUGUUGAUGUAGUUAAAACUCGUAUCAUGUCUGCAAGCACUGGUGAUCACAGAAUGUCAGCCACUUUGAUCAUGAAGCAAAUGUUCAAGUCUGAAGGCAUCAAGUCGUUCUUCAAGGGAUGGACACCUGCAUUUAUCCGUUUAGGUCCUCAAACCAUCAUCACAUUUGUUGUAUUAGAGCAAUUCAAGACUUGGCAUGAUAUGUUUCAACACGAUCGACAAUUAGCUGUUGCUCAUCAAAUUUAA